GGUCAAACGAAUAGUCAAAUGAAUGGAUUCAAAAAAUGCCAUUGUGUCGAAUGACAUUUUUUAACGUGAAUGUCAAAUGAAAGAGCUGGAUGCGAAUGCGAAUCUUCGAACAGAGUGAAUGUCAACAAUUGCAUGUCAAUGAACGUCACCGUUCACAACACUGCUCUUGCGUUACGGGUUUUUACGUGUUGUGCCGACGUUGGAGAACAGGCUGCUAGAAACAUAGCCACAUCCAACACGUAUACUUUGAUGGUUUGCGUGGCGUCGUCUCUCCAUAAAUAUCGCUGAUACUGACGAUCCGCUGGCCGAAUUACUAAACGAUGAAACAUUUCUCUUAUGUCUCCGGUUAAGACAUACGUGUACUUUCUGAAGUUGUACAAUACUCCUAUCAGUGAGUUUAAUAGAUCCGGACCUUUUAACAGUGCUGAGUUCAUAGACACUCCUUGUAUGGUAGCUGCCGCUUCCCAAUCGGUAAGUACCAACAUUUUUCCGGUUUCGUUCCUCCUAGUUCAUUGGUCGUUGCUUCGUGUGAAUACCCUUUCCAUUCAUACUCUCAUAUUAAAGAUCGGACUUUUUCAUACAGACUAUAUCUUUUUGCAAUCGUCUUUCCAACGCAAGAAAUCUUUUAUAUGCCAUAUCGUAGCUUGGUGGAAACUUUCGCUCAUCUGUCUUCCACAAUAAACCCGUUUCAAAACGUCUUUCUAUUCUUUUAGUUGUGCUAACCAGCAGUGCUCGAGCUCUUUUGUUUUCGUCUGGCACAAUUGGUGUUGUUGGGAUGGAUAUAUUUAUUUUAUCCUAAAUUUUGAACUCCAGCACUAACCGCGUUAAGCUGUCCAACAUAGCUUCAGAAUGAUAACCUACAAUAUUCGUUAUUGUUGUUGAGUUCGUCCGUCCGUAGAUGCCCCAACCUAGCUUACAUUUGGAGGGUAUAGGAUCACUCCACGCAACUUCGCGGACAUUCGACGGGACUAUUAGAUUUACGUUAUCCAAUCCAAUUAACAUUUUUGGCACUAUCUUGUUGUAAUCCGUGAUUGGUAGGCCACUUAAAUGGAGAUAUUUAGAAACUAGUUCAUGAUAGCAUAACGGUUGCUCCUAAAUUUGCAAACUUGCUACCGUUCUCACACCUUUUACUUGGUAUCUAUGGUACAGUUGGUCGAAAAUAGUUAGAUCAUUGACCUUCAUUGAAUGUCUCUCCGUACGCGCUACUUAUCCAGUCCACAUCAUUUUCAACGUUUCUUCGGGUUCGUUUAUCUCCAGUCGUUUGGCUAUUUCUUCGUCCAGCAAUGGUGCAGAUCAUGGCUUAAGCUUUUUUUUUGUAUGCAUUUUGGCUUAUCCGCUGUCAGUUCCCCAUACAAAUCGGCAGCCAAGUUCAGCCUAGGAAAUAUGGAUUAGAAAGUUUUCCUAAUGAAAACUACUCGAUUAGCUCGAUCAGCUGCUCGACAAAUAUGUAAACAAACCAAUUUACAAGCGGUUAAAAACAGGGUAAGGCCAUGUUACCCAUAUGCUGUAAAUGUAAACAAAUCAACAAAUAUCCAUAAAUGCACAUAAAUUUAACACGUUUCAACAUGUAAUGUGUUGUUAAAAUGAAUUAAUUUAAAUUAUUAUUUUUUUUUCGUUAGAACGACCUGGCCGUAUUUAUUUAUUUUUUUACCACGUAGCCGGAUUCCUUGCCACGGGGGUUUGGUCCGAAUGGGAUUUGAAAUAUGGAUCUGAAUGGUAAACGCAACGGUGUUAAAUGUAUUAAAACGGUAUUAAACAACACAUGAUGUAUGUAAACUGUGCUUUCAAACUACGAACCUUUGCGCUACUGUAUGCUUCUGUUUUCUGCUACGUAUAUUUCAGAGAUGUUCUCAUUCUUUAUCAUACAACAGCAGCAUCCAACCUAACCUUUUGUGCAUCAUGCAGUACUUUACUUUGACUAAUACCGUUGCGUUUACCAUUCAGAUCCAGAUUUCAAGAUUUCAUUUAUUUUCUUCAUAUUUUGAUUCAGUAAAAAAUACCUUCGCGCGCAGCGCGGACAUCAUUCGCCGAGAUUCGAUCGACGCUCACUUUAAAAUGAGUUAUUUGCCCUUUAAAAACCUGUCUAGACUACAAAGCUCAAGUGUUUAUUUUUAAUGCUCAAUAUAUCUUUGCUAUGCCAUGUGUCAUCUGCAAACGUUUAUACUUUGUCAUUUAUGUGUUGGAAAGUGUACAUUUUCUGUGCGUCUUCGGUGUACAGCCAUUGUUUGUAAAUAGAGUUUUGGUUUGUAAAAAGCGUUAUUGAAAUGUUAUUUUUUUAUAAUGCUUUUAAUGGUGAAAAUGAGGCAAAAGUGAAAUUAAUAAGACAUCGCAGGAAUCUUCGGUACAACACAGAUCCCCUGGCUUUGUCCGAUAAUGCGUAAGCGGAAUGAUUGGAGAUGCUUUUGGUUUGUUUAUACACUUUAAUGGUUAUCAUAUUGCAGGUUGUUGAAAACUUUAGAAUUUCUAAAUCAAUUUUCAUGGAUUUACUGGAUGGACUAGAUUCUUCUGUUGAAUCUCUAAGAGCGCAUGGAAUCUCUAAGAAAGAAAAGUUGGCUGCUUGUUUGACAUUCUUUGCAUUCGGCCGCUACCAACAUGGGGUUGGUAAAGAUUUCCAUAUUGCGAUGGCGCAAACAACUUUUAGUAAAGUUCUGCGAGGCACCUUAAAACCGUUUCAUACUUUGAAUGCGGAUUGGAUUUGCCUGAGUAUGACGCAAGAAGACAGAGCGGCUGCCAAGAACUAUUUUAAUAGCAAAACAGGCAUCCAGGACGUAGUGAUGUGUGUUGAUGGGACACACAUAAAAAUAAAAAAGCCAGUAAUACGUCCACUGCUGUACCUGAACAAGAAAUCUUUCUACAGCAUAAAUGUAAUGAUUGUUUGCGAUCAUAAAUUGCGUAUAAGAGUUGUUGAUGCUAGAUUUCCCGGGUCGCACCACGAUGCACAUAUUUGGCGAGUGAGCAGUGUCCGAAAUUACUUUGCUAAUCUUCACAAUGUAGAGCAAAACGAUAAGCUUUUAGGUGACGCAGGCUAUCCAUCUGAGCCGUGGUUGGUUAGGCCCCAUAGAGACCCAGAAGAAGGAACUGUUGAAUCUGAAUUCAACAUAAAACACUCUUCUGGUCGUAUUAUAGUGGAACAGGCGAUCGGUGUCUUGAAAUCACGGUUUAGGUGUUAAGCUGGAAUAGACAGAUCGUUGAACUAUGAUCCAGAAAAAUCUGGUUUCAUUAUUAAUACGUGCUGUGCAUUGCACAAUAUGUGCAUAGAAAAUAGAUUGGAGUGGCAAGAAAGUAUGACUGAUAUACUUACAGAACUUGAAAUGAAUGAAAUGAAUCAAAGCAUAAUUUUGGUGUUAUUUUUAAUUAUUAGAAUUCUUCCUGGAUCUUUCCAAUUCUAAUUUCGCAUACUGUAGCUUUAAUUUUUUUUCGGCAAUUUCCUUCCUUAGUACAAACUCUCUAUCGGCUAUUUCUUUCUUCAUUUCUAAUUUCAUUUUUUUUAGUUCAAAUAUCCUUUUCGAAUUUUCUUGCUCCAUUUCAAAUCUUGCUCUGUUUGUUUCUUGCUCCUCUUGACACGAGUCUUGACACGAAGCAACUUUUGUUGAGGUAGGUUGUACUUGCGAAGCUCCAGCAAUUGUUGCUCCGCAAUCGUUUUCCUUUUUACUCGUCGAUUUGUUCUCGUCUCAGGUAUGGUUUCACAAUCUUCAGCAACUACGUUAUGCUCUGUUACUUGAGAACAAGCAGCGGUCUCAACUUCAGAGUCAGUGUUGUGUUGCUGCUGUCCACAUGCAUUUAAUUGCGACGAGCUACCAAUAUGCGUUGGUGCAGAAUUCACGGGCUCCACAGUACCCAAUGCAGGUACAUUACGAGUACCGUCAACAGCACGUUGCAAAUCUAAAACCUCAAUCACUUUCCGUUCGAGCGCAUUGAAGUUUCGCAACGAGCAUGGGCCUCCUCCCGUAGCACGAUAUUC